CAGCCACUGGGCCCCUCCCAAAACCCUGAUCGGCGGAUCUCGAGCUCCGCGGGGCCCACCCAGGUAGUGUCCGCGGAGCUGCCCGGGCGUAGCGGCAGGAAGCCCGGCUGGGAGCCUGGAAGGGGAGAGGCUCCGCGCGGAAUAUUGAAGAAUGUUUGUUCCAAGAUCUUUGAAGAUCAAGAGAAAUUCUAAUGAUGACCUCAAAAGCUGUGUAGCUAAGAAAAGUAAGCCAGAAACAGAGGACCUUCAGUUGGACAAAGACAGAAAGGUUUCAUUUGGUGCAGUAGAUAGAAAAGAAGCCUCCACACUAGACAGGCCCAGCAGUGAAGCAAGCCCCUUUCCCAGUCUUGCUGGCCAGUUGGCUGAGGUUGGUUCGGUAGGACCAGAACAGUGUAUGAAGGAUAGCCAUCUUUCUGAAGAGCCUGUGAAGUCAUUUUCCAAAACCCAGCGCAGGGCAGAGCCUGGGGAACCGGUCUGUGUUGUCUGUGGUCGGUACGGAGAGUAUAUCUGUGAUAAGACAGAUGAAGAUGUGUGUAGCUUGGAGUGCAAAGCAAAACAUUUGCUGCAAGUCAAGGAAAAGGAAGAGAUGUUAAAACUUAGCAGCCCACAGAAAGGUGCUUCUGAACCAGAGUCUCCACUGGAUGCUGUUUACAUCUACAGAGAGCACCCCUUUAUUGUGAACCUUCAGGAGGACCAGAUUGAAAAUCUUAAACAGCAGCUAGGAAUUUCAGUUCAAGGGCAAGAAGUCACCAGGCCCAUUAUUGACUUUGAGCAUUGUGGUUUCCCUGAGACAUUAAAUCAGAACUUGAAGAAAUCAGGCUACGAGGUGCCAACUCCCAUCCAAAUGCAGAUGAUUCCUGUGGGGCUUCUGGGAAGAGACAUCCUGGCCAGUGCAGACACUGGCUCUGGAAAAACGGCUGCUUUUCUCCUUCCUGUUAUCACCCGAACUUUAUUUGAGGACAAAACUCCAUCCGCACUCAUUCUUACGCCCACGAGAGAAUUAGCCAUUCAGAUAGAGAGGCAAGCCAAAGAACUGAUGAGUGGUCUGCCACGAAUGAAGACCGUGCUUCUUGUGGGGGGCUUACCUUUGCCCCCACAGCUUUAUCGCUUGCGACAGCAUGUUAAGGUUAUUAUAGCAACCCCUGGACGACUUCUGGAUAUAAUAAAACAGAACUCUGUAGCACUUAACAGCAUAAAAAUUGUCGUAGUAGAUGAAGCUGAUACCAUGUUAAAGAUGGGCUUUCAGCAGCAAGUGCUUGACAUUUUGGAAAACAUUUCUGAUGAUUGUCAGACCAUCUUGGUUUCUGCCACGAUUCCAGGUGGCAUAGAACAGUUAGCAGGCCAGCUUCUGCAUGACCCUGUGAGGAUCACCACUGGGGAGAAGAACCUGCCCUGCGCCAGCGUGCGGCAGAUUGUCCUGUGGGUAGAAGACCCAGCCAAAAAGAAAAAGUUAUUUGAAAUCUUAAAUGAUAAGAAGCUCUUCAGGCCUCCUGUGCUAGUGUUUGUGGACUGCAAACUGGGUGCAGAUCUGUUAAGCGAUGCUGUUCAAAAAAUCACAGGGCUGAAAAGCACAUCCAUCCACUCCGAGAAGUCCCAAGUGGAAAGAAGAAACAUACUGAAGGGACUACUGGAAGGAGACUAUGAGGUCGUGGUGAGCACGGGGGUCCUGGGACGAGGCCUAGACUUGGUCAGUGUCAAACUGGUUGUGAAUUUCGACAUGCCUUCAAGCAUGGAUGAGUAUGUGCAUCAGGUUGGCAGAGUGGGGAGGCUCGGUCAAAAUGGAACUGCAAUUACUUUCAUCAAUAACAACUCAAAAAGGCUCUUCUGGGAUGUUGCCAAAAGGGUGAAGCCCACAGGAUCCAUUCUCCCCCCACAGCUUUUAAACUCCCCUUACCUUCAUGAGCAGAAGAGAAAGGAGCAGCAGAAAGACAGACAGACACAGGGCAGCCUGGUCACGGGAGCUAACCUCAUGGACAUUAUUAGGAAACACGAUAGAAGUAGUUCUCAAAAAUGAUCUGGUAUGCCACUUUCAUAAGGUUUUAUGUAUUAUCAACAAAAUUUAACUUAUUACUGAAUGAUGGAAUGAAUGAGAAUGUACACUAGACAGAAGACUCUCUAAGACUUUUUUAAAUCUAGUAAACUUUAUACAGCAAUAAUUGACUUAUUUUCCUUCAUGAUUCUCAUAAAUUAAAAACAAUAAAAAUGAAUUGCUAAAUAAAAUACAAUUUUCUCCUCUG